CUCUAGCAAUAACCAACUUAUAUUAAUUUUAAUUUUUCCAUAAUCAUAAUCAUCAUAAUAAGCUAUAAAUAUAAUCCAUUUCACGAUCAAUCUUCAAUCUUCAUUAUCGAUAACACAAAUUCUCUGCAAAUCAUAUACUCCAUUCUCAUUCUUUUACAAUAUUCCAUCACAAAUAAACAAUGUAUUCGCGUAAGAAUUUAGCUUUGUAUUUUAUUCUUCUCUUUGUUUCAGAGUUUUUGUCUGGAAUAACAGUAAUCGCAGCAGCAGAAGAAACGGUUAAAGGGACAGUAAUUGGUAUAGAUUUGGGAACUACAUAUUCAUGUGUUGGAGUAUAUAAAGAUGGGCAUGUCGAAAUUAUAGCCAAUGAUCAAGGUAACAGGAUCACACCUUCAUGGGUAGCUUUCACUGAUACUGAAAGGUUGAUUGGAGAAGCUGCCAAGAAUCAAGCAGCUUUAAAUCCUGAACGAACAAUUUUUGAUGUUAAACGGCUUAUUGGUAGAAAGUAUAAUGACCCAGAGGUUCAAAGAGAUAUGAAGAUGUUGCCUUAUAAAGUUGUGAAUAGAGAUGGAAAACCAUACAUUCAGGUAAAGCUUAAGGAUAAUGAAGUAAAAGUGUUUAGCCCAGAGGAAAUCAGCGCUAUGAUCUUGCAAAAGAUGAAGGAAACAGCUGAGGCUUUUCUUGGGAAAACUGUUAAGCAUGCUGUUGUCACUGUUCCAGCUUACUUCAAUGAUGCACAGAGGCAAGCCACAAAGGAUGCCGGAACAAUUGCCGGGUUGAAUGUGGCUCGGAUAAUCAACGAGCCAACAGCUGCAGCAAUUGCUUAUGGUUUAGACAAAAAAGGUGGAGAGAUGAACAUUUUGGUGUAUGAUCUUGGUGGUGGUACUUUUGAUGUUAGUAUCCUUACAAUCGACAAUGGUGUAUUUGAGGUUCUUUCCACAAGUGGAGAUACCCAUUUAGGUGGUGAAGACUUUGAUCAUAGGAUCAUGGAUUACUUCAUCAAAAUGAUCAAAAAGAAGCACAACAAAGACAUUACUAAAGACAAGAAGGCACUUGGAAAGUUGAGAAGGGAAUGUGAAAGGGCUAAGAGGGCACUAAGUAGCCAACACCAAGUUAGGGUUGAGAUUGAAGCUCUUGUUGAUGGGAUUGAUUUUUCUGAGCCUCUAACGAGGGCGAGGUUUGAGGAGUUGAAUGCAGAUUUGUUUAAGAAGACAAUGGCCCCUGUGAAGAAAGCUUUGGAAGAUGCACAUUUGAAGAAGAGUGAUAUUAAAGAGAUUGUGCUUGUUGGAGGAAGCACUAGGAUUCCUAAGAUUCAACAGCUUUUGAAGGAUUUCUUUGAUGGUAAAGAGCCUAAUAAGGGUGUUAACCCUGAUGAGGCUGUUGCUUAUGGUGCUGCUGUUCAAGGUGGUGUUCUUAGCGGUGAAGGAGGUGAAGAAACUCAAGGUCUCCUUCUUCUUGAUGUGGCUCCAUUGAGUUUGGGAAUUGAGACUGUAGGCGGUGUGAUGACAAAAUUGAUUCCAAGAAAUACAGUCAUCCCCACAAAGAAAUCUCAAGUCUUCACCACCUAUCAAGACCAACAAACCUCUGUGGAUAUUAAGGUCUAUGAAGGUGAAAGAACCUUAACUAAGGAUUGCCGUGAGCUCGGCCGAUUCCAACUCUCUGGUAUUCCACCAGCUCCAAGGGGAAUUCCUCAAAUUGAAGUGACUUUCGAGGUCGAUGCAAACGGUAUUCUCCACGUUACAGCGGAAGACAAGGCGGCUAAGAACAAGCAAACCAUAACGAUCACAAACGACAAGGGUCGCCUAAGCCAAGACGAGAUCGAUCGAAUGGUAAGAGAGGCGGAGGAAUUCGCGGAGGAAGACAAGAAGGUGAGGGAAAAGGUGGAUGCAAGGAACAAGCUUGAGACUUAUAUCUACAACAUGAGAAGCACAAUUGAUGACAAAGAUAAACUGGCUGAUAAGAUCGAGUCAGAUGACAAAGAGAAGAUUGAUUCAACCUUAAAAGAAGCUUUGGAGUGGUUAGAUGAUAAUCAGAAUGCUGAGAAGGAAGACUUUGAAGAGAAAAUGAAGGAAUUGGAAGCUGUUUGUAAUCCUGUGAUUAAACAAGCUUAUGAGAAGAGUGGUGGCAACCCAACUCAAGAGGAUGAUAUUGAUGAUUCUCAUGAUGAAUUGUAGAGUGUAUAGAUGGAAUUCAGAGGCUUUCUUAUUUUUGUUAUUGUUGCUUUUAGGAUUUCAUCUCAAAUUUUCAAAUUGAUGAUGCAUCUUUAGGAACUAGUUAUUGAUAAAACUUUUAUUUAGAGAAUACUGUUCUGAUCAAAUCUGUCAAAGGAAAUGUUUGCCACUAAAGUUC